GAAGUGACGUACGCUCGGGUUUCGCGCAGUGGCGGCAUUUUAAGCUUAGAGGUCUGGACAGGUUGAUAGACGGGCUCCUCGAAACGGGCCAAGCCAGCCCGCCGACCUUCCGGUGCCGAUGAGAGAACCGGAGCUCCGCCCACGGGAGCGCCCAGGAAGCCUGGGCUGAGAGUAAGGGGGCGCGGAGGAAAAGGUGCCCGCGGGCCAUGGCCCCACCUCCAGGGAUGGGUCCUGCGUCUCUGCGGUUUGCUGCUGCCGCCAGCUGGCUGGUUGUCCGCCGUCGCCGCGUCGAGCACUUUUCAAGAGUGGUCGAGUUUCUGCAGUCCCUGCGUGCUGCUGCCCCCGGCUUGGUUAGCUAUCGGCACCAUGAACGCCUGUGUAUGGGCCUAAAGGCCAAGGUGGUGGUGGAGCUGAUCCUGCAGGAGCGACCCUGGGCCCAGGUCCUGAAUGCCCUGAAUCAUCACUUCCCAGAAUCCAGAACACAGACAAAACAAGAUAGGAAGCUUUUGGAGGCACAGGAAAAUUUUUGCCUGCUUGUGAAGCAACUGUCAGAGGACCCGGCUUCAAGCCUACAGGAACUAGAACAGGACUAUGGGGAACCCUUUCUGGUUGCCAUGGAAAAGCUGUUGUUUGAAUACUUGUGUCAGCUGGAAAAAGCACUGCCUACAGUCAGAGCACAAGAGCUUCAGGAUGCUCUAAGUUGGAUUCAGCCUGGCUCAUUGAUCACUUCUUCCGUUGCUUUGCGCCAGUAUGGUAUGGACAUGGGGUGGCCAUUUCCAGAGAGCUCUACUUCUGGCUCAGUAAAUCUGAUAGAACCCAUGGAAGAGAGUCCUCAUCAGCAAACAAAACCAGCACUCCAUAAUCCUCUGCCUAAAGCUAAGCUUGGCCCUCACCAGCCAGCCUCACGGGAGCACCCGCAACAUUUAGCUGGCAACCACUUUAAUCUGGCCCCUUUGGGAAAGCGAAAGUUCCAUUCACAGUGGACAUCUGCAAAGGCAGGCCAUAAAGAACGGCCCACAGUCAUGCUGUUCCCGUUCAGGAACACAGGCUUACCAGCUCAAGAUGUGUCUAACCCUAAAAGCAGGGAAGAGCAUGGAAUGGACACAGCGGGUUCUGUGGGAACAGAACCAGUCUGCAUUGGGAAGUCUAAGACUCCAUCUCAAACCUUGGGGAAAAGGGCAUUAGAGGAGAUGCCACCUGACUCUCCAGCUGCAGAGCAAAAGGAGAACUGUGUGGAUCCUCUAAGACUCUCAUCACCACCCAGUGUCAAGAAACCAGUGCUGUCCCCUCAAUCCCUGCAUAACUCUGUUAUUACCAUAGAGGACUUGGUUUUGGACUCAGAUGAGGAAGAAAAUAACCAGAAGGAAGGGAAGGAUCUUCCUGCCAUGCCCUCCCAGUCUCCUUACCAAAAGCCUUUGCCACAUCCCCAGGACAGCUGCAGCCUCCAUCCUACAAAAUAAGGAAUGCUGUGAGAGACAGCAUAGAUUUCUCAAGACUUAUCAACUGCCCAUGUCAAAGUGGACCAGAACUCAUGUCCUGACCAGGACUUCACCACAGCCCCACACUGCAGAAAACAAUGGCUGCUGAGCAGCCACGAGACCUCUCCAGGUCUUGAGUCUUACCGAAAUGAUAUGGCCUUUGAGGCCAUGAGCAGCAUCUGCACACUCCAUCACUGCACUGAGCUGUGGAUACCCCACUCCAGUUUUCUUCCGAGUUGUACAGACAGAGCCUGGGAAGAGAGACAGAGGUGAGAGUGAACUGUCCUAUGGAUUUUGCCUUCCAACAGGGCAGAUGACACGAUGGCCCCAAGGAACCAGCUUACCAGGACCAAUUCCCACUUUGAUGAUGUCAGCCCCAGAGAGGAUUAGCUCUUCUACCAUCUCUCCUGUUACCACAUUUCCUGCCUGAGACAAUAAUCAAAACAGAGCAUUCUUAGGGUCAGUGGUGGAGAACAGCUUUUGUGCUCUCAUAUAAUCCAUGCCUUGACUGGCCUUCCUAUUACAGAUAAAGGGGACCUAGAGCCCUCUCCAGGACCUUCCACCAAAGGACCUAGAUUCCCACUCACCCAUCCUCCACCCCACCUACAUACUUUGACUAAGUGUGGAGGAGAGAGGAAACAACACUGUCAUGUAAAAACAGGUCCAGAAUGACCUUUAAGGCAGCAAGGUGAGGCAACAAGCCAUAAAGUAGCAUUAAAGAGCAGUUGGUGAGUCAGAAACCCCACUCAGAUUGACAGUAGUGCCCAUUCGCUAGCAGGGGACUACUGCCCAGUCCUGGAGCUCUCUACCUUGAAAAAAAUGGAAAGACACUGGAAUGUGGGCUAAAAUAUUCAUCUUCCCAACAGUGUGUGGACAGUGUGACACCCCCUUCAAUGCUGUGAAGAAGACGAAGCCUUGGAUUUUGUCUCUAAUAAGCUUCUAAAAAAUAAAACAGUUUUAUAUGAUA